CAUUAAUAUGCCAAGUACACCAACCGUUUAAAACGACUAUUUUAACGUGAUGGAAACUGACAUUCAUGUCCAAGACUUGCCAGAGACUAUUGUCCUUAAGAUAUUUUCUUUUGUAGCCAGGCAGCGUAUUUUUAACUUGUUUAGACUACGUCUUGUUUGCAAGAGAUGGUGCCGUCUGUCAGAAGAUUGCAGCUUGUGGAGGAAGAUACAUUUUCCGAACUGUGACGAGUUGUCUCUUGACGUGAUGAGGCGCAUGUUGUCCUGGUGUAGUAACGUGAAGGAUGUCAAUCUCUCGAACUGUGCUCGGGUGAAUGAUGAAUGUGUGGAGGUUGUUACCAAAAAGUGCCCCAAUUUGGAAGUCCUUGAAUUAUCAGGCUGUAACUUGUUGAGCGAUUGUGGGUUGGAAGUCAUCUCAAGGAAUUGCAGCCUGCUCAAGUACUUGAGCAUCACGGCAUACAAAGCGAAUGUAUCUUCCAACGCUUUAAAGGAUUUAAUCAGAACUUGCAAAGCACUUCAAGAACUGAUCGUUGUUUGUGUAUCUCGUGAAUGUGACGAAGAAGUCAAUGAUACAUCCUUCUACUUAACCAACAAUUUUUUGGACUCCAUACAGACGAGCAAAAGCUUGAAAAGGGUGCAUUUAAUCAAUGCAGGAAUCAGUGGAGAAGAAAUAGACUUGUCUAGACCCUGCACAUUUAAUUUACUCAGCUUAGGACUGCCUGGCUGUAUGGAACUGAACAAUGAUGUGUUAUGUCAUUUGUCUUACACUUCUCCUAAGCUACAAGUUUUAGACGUCUCUUAUUGUCCUGGUAUAGAUGAUGCAGGUAUUUCGGUUGUUGCCCAGGUUUGUCCAAACCUAGUGCAGCUUAUUGCAAAAGGCUGCCCUUGUAUUACCGAUGUGUCAAUAGAAGCCAUUGCAGGACACUGCAACAUGCUUCAGUGCUUGAAUGUAUGUGGCUGUGAGUUGCCAAGACCUGCAGGGAACAUAACUGACGUCGCAGUGCAAAGAAUUGCUGAAAAGUGUUUUGAUUUAUGCCAGUUAAAUGUUAAAUCUUGCCAGGGAGUCACAGAUUUAGGGAUUUCUGCUAUUGCAACAAACUGUGUUAAAUUGACACAUUUAAACAUCUGUGGUUGCCUGGGAAUUUCGGAUGUGUCUGUUAAACUAGUAGCAACAUUUUGCAACGAUCUGAAGAGCUUAGAGAUGUCAGAAUGCCUGCGUAUAACAAGAGACAGUAUCAAUGACAUUGUGCAAAACUGCAUCAAGCUUGAAUACCUAGACAUGCAAGUUUGCUCUUAUGUAAAUGACUUGGAUUUUAAGUCAGAUAAAAACACACUCCUUGGUCUUUGCCAUGUUGAUCUGUCUUACUGCACCAAAAUCACAGAUAGAACUUUGAAAGUAAUAAGCAAGAGCUGUCCGAGGUUAACCUAUCUUAGCAUUGCUGGCUGCCAUAGAAUCACUGACGCAGGUGUUAGCAGUCUUGCACAGAACUGCCGCGAGUUGCAGUAUCUUGACGCUUCAUUCAGAGGGUCACAGUCCUGUGCCCAGAUCACCAGCACCUCAAUGCUUGCUAUUGCCAUGAAUUGUCCUAAUUUGGUUUAUUUGGAUUUGAUAGGCUGCUCAAAUAUUAGCGAGACUUCCAUUAACACAGUUGUCCAGUCAUGCAGAUAUUUAAACCAGCUUAAUGUAAGUCAGUUUACUGAGAAAAUGGAUUCACAAUUGCUUUUACGCAUAACAAAAUGUAUUUCACAAUAUCGCUCUUCCUGCAGUUGGGAAGAGAUGAUCUCGCCACCCCGAGGAAGAAUGUUAGUUCAGAAUUUCCUCUUCAAACUGGCUGCACCAAAUUUAUAACUUAUCAAUGUUUUCCAAGCAUGUAACCAUGCAGUAUAAAUGACUUUCUUGGAUGUCAAAUUUUGGUUUGGUAUAACAGCAUACAUGUAUCUGAAUUUAGUUAUACAUACAAUAAAAUAUCAAACAAAAUUUAGU